GCCAUGGGAACCCACCGCCCUCUCAGGCGCAGGAGCCGAAGCCCGAGCCGGAGCUGCCGCCCGCCGCCGGCUGUCCCGCUGCCCGCCCGCCCGUUUCGGGCUCUCCCUGCGGGGAGGUAGGGGACCGGGCUGGAGGAGGGGAGGGAGCAGAUGCUGCCUCCGAGCCGAGACCGGUCCCGCACGUCCUGAGCCGAGGCCCCGCAGCCGCCGCCCCGACAGCGAGGAACGAGGACAAGCGCGGAAACAGCGCCCGCCUGGCCCCGGACCGCGCGCCCCGGCCCCCCGCCCAGACACGGACGGCACGGUCCGCCCCGGCCCCAGCGCCGCGCCGUCUCAGCCCGGCCGGCGACCUCGGCGCCUCCGCAACCCCCGCCGGCUCCGGCCAGGGCCCCGACGCUCUUCGCCGCCGCCGCCGCCGCCCCCGCCGCCGCCGCCGCCGCCGCCGCCCGCGCCUCUGCCACCGCCUCUGCCCCCGCUCCGUCCGCGACCCCUGCCCAGGCCCCGGCCCCAGCCCCGACCCCGCCCUCGGCCCCGCCAACCUCGGCCGCGGCCCGCGCCCCGGCCCCGGAGGCCCAGCCGUGGGUACGAUGCUGCCCAGCUCCAUCCAGAUUUCGGGGGAGCCGCUGUCCGGCGCCGAGGUGCGGGACAUCUGCCGUGGCCUGCGCGACAACGCCGUGCGCCUGCUCUCACUGCGCGGCUGCCGCCUCUGCGACCGCGACUUCGGCCGCAUCUGCCGGGCCCUGGCCGGGGCCACGUCCCUGGCGCAGCUCAACCUUAACCUAGGCGUCGUGUCCAGUCCCGGCCGCAUCAAGCAGCUGGCGGAGGCGCUGCGGACCAACCGCUCCAUCCAGUCCCUCUUCCUGCAUGGGAGCCCCCUGACAGAUGCGGGGCUGGCCUUGCUGAACCCGGCGCUGGCCCUCCACCCUGCCCUUGUGGCUCUGGACCUGGGGGACUGCAUGCUGGGUGAUGAAGCCAUCAAUCUCAUCUGUGGCCUCCUCCCCCCAGAUGGAGCCAAGUCAGGCUUGAAGGAGCUGACGCUGAGUGCCAACCCUGGCAUCACCCCUAAGGGCUGGAGCCGCCUCGCGAUUGCGGUGGCCCACAGCUCCCAGGUCCGCGUCCUCAACCUGGACUACAACCCCCUGGGUGACCACGUGGCAGGGAUGCUGGCUGUAGCUGUGGCCUCCAGCCGCACCUUAGAGGUCCUAGACUUGGAGGGCACGGGCCUUACCAACCAGUCAGCUCAGACCCUGCUGGACAUGGUAGAAAACUACCCCACGGCCUUGCGGAGCCUGGUGCUGGCUGAGAACAGCAUUAGCCCAGAGCUGCAGCAACAGAUCUGUGAUCUGCUCUCCGAGGGAGAGGAGGAGGAGGAGUUGGCGGGAGGGGCCGGCGACACGCAGGAACCCGAGAGAGGGCGGGGGCCUGCUGCCCAGCCGUCCUGGAUGUGCCCCGGUGGUAAGAGCCCCCGGGUCCGAGCAGAGCCAGGUCCGGAAGAGGCUUGGGACCAGGGAGGGUGCGUGUGCGAACCCCAGGCCGCCUCCCACUUGUGUCCCUGGUGGAGGAAUGAAUGGUGGUCUGAACGGCCCUCUGCCCUUCCACAGAAUCCAGCUCUCAGAUGGUGCUCAUGACUUCAGGACUAGGCGACAGUCUGUUGGCCGAGACCGAGAUGUGACUCUCCACUUGGGCCUCUGCACAUCAUGACGUGUUGGCUCUGUCCCCAGCACCUUGCCCGGGAUAUCAGGGUCAGGCCCUGGGGGCCUGGGAGGGAGGUGGGGGUGCCGGGCGCUCUGGUAGCUCCCGGCAGUGAUGGGAAGCUCUGGAAGCUGACUAAGCAACAGCCUUGGGCGCACUCGAACCCAAGGCAACGUCUCUGGACUUGUCAGUAGCUCUGGCUGCAACCCGCUGGCUCGGAACAGAUUUUCUGAACAACCUGGCGUGUGGCUGUGGUCCCUGGGGGCGGGCAGCAGGGGAGGAAUUGGAACCAUUAGACGCUAGGGGGCAGUGCCACCCUACAGCCCAAGCUCCAGGCAGUAUCCACCGGGCCCCAAACGUCAAACAGGUCUGGCUCAGGUCUCUGAUUCGUAGGACCUGGGAUUCUGGGGUGACACCUCACAUAGGCCCCCAGAAGGAUCAUAACUAAGGUAGAGAGCUCACCUCCAGAGGUCAGACUGGACCCCGCCUCGAGGAGAGACUCGGGGGCCCUGCCGAGGUUACUUGAGGUACACCUUCUCCCACUGCCUGAUGUUCUGUGGCCCCAGACACCCCAGGCAGGGCGCGGCAGGGAGGACUCAUGAGCGAAGACCAGAACUUGGCUAGGACUAGGAACGCUCAAGAACGGGGAGGAG